UAGACAGGUGGGAUACAUUUAGAUAUAGAAAUUUAAAAAUAGAUAUAGAUUAACUAGGAGUUUUAACUGUAAUUAAGGCUGGCACAGGAGCUAAGCUGAAAAAAAAUUAAAACAGAUUAAGAAGAUAUACUGGAUAUUUGUGAAGAUUUGUGCAUACAGUUUACAGUACCAUUUCAUUUGCCAGUUCAGAAAUUCAGAAUGAAUUAUUUGCAUAUAUAAGGUAGUUACAGGGUUAUUGAUAAAUUAUGCAUGUGUAUGUUAUGCAUGUAUAUUAGGUCUAGGAGGAUGUUGAGUGUUGAUGAAAGUUGAGCUGGCAUGAUCCACUGUGGAUGCCUGUUAUACCUAACCCAGCUGGAGGUUGAUAGGAAAAAGAAUGUAUUUCUUUUUCCUCGAUCACUGAUUACCUCAAGCUGUAGACUACUGUAUAUGUUUUGCAGACAGCACCUGCUUUCAGAAGUCACUGGCUUUAGAUUAUAGUUUUUGAGACAAAAUAAGACUGUAGAUAAACAUGUCCAAGACAAAAUGAUGCAAUACAAAAUAAACAAAGAUUAUGUGUACCACAGGCAGCAUUAUCUCAUCCUGCUGUGUCAAGAGUACUCCACACACUCUCUCUCUACUGGCCCCUGCAAAGGUACUGCACUAGUAUGCUGAUAGUAUGGCUAAGUAUCCAGUGAACUAUGCAACCCAUUCUUGUGAUAAGUAUACUUCUGCCACUAAAUGUAGAAACACUAUGCCAGGCCUUUGGUAGGGGAAACUUUCAAGGCCAUCAAAUUUUUGCCUUAAAGAUCGACAAGUCUCCAGGGUAAAAAAAGCCAGCGACCAUGGAAGGGGAUGAGCCUUCCCACAAAGCAAUGCUGUACUUCUUAGAGAUUUUGAUGAACAGUGAUAAUGCUCUCACCAUCAGUCAGUUGGCCGGGAGAUUCGGCAGUCGAUCCUUCUCAGCAGAAAUGAGGCAGGCAGCUGGUGGAAAUGAGGCUGGCUUGCGGAGAUUCCUUUUGAAGUAUCCAGCUUUGUUUUCUGUCAAUGGUAACAUGGUGAGUGCCAACACUGAACUUGGGAGCCUUGGUGGCGGAGGGGGGAGUGGUGGAGGCAGCUCUGAGCCGGCCCCCAGGGAUGCUGAGAAAGAGGCCAUCCAGUACUUUGCUCAGAAAAUGAUGAGAAAAGAGGACACAUGGAUCCCCAUCAAAAGCCUGGCAGGCCAUCUCUCCCAGGCACCUUUGGAUAUCCGUAAUGUUGUUGGUCCUCAGAGUGAAUUUAAGAAGUUUUUAACCGCACACUCUGACGUGUUUGAUGUCCACGAAGAGAUUGUCUCUCUGAAAGAUAACACAGCUCCCAGGACUUCCAGAAGAUCAAAUUACAAACCAGUCCAGAAUGGAUUUUCCAGUGAUUUGUCAGAUAGGCCACGCGGCCGUGGAAGGGGGAUGGCAAGUCGCAGCAGUGAGAAAAGUGACUAUACAAAGAGCUUGGACAGCACUCCUGUUGUUGGGACCCAGGCAACUUCUCCGAAAUCUUCCACAAAAAAGUCCCCUGUAACAAUGACUGCCAAUGAAUACAAAGCUCUCAAUUAUGUAAAAAGUAUUGUGGAGAAAAAGGGUUCAGUGAAAAUACACAAUAUCACUGGUCAUUUUAGUCAAGCACCUGAGACUGUCAGAAACACUAUUGGCUGGACUAAAUAUGAGCUGGAGGAAUUUAUUAAGAAAUAUCCACAGGUGUUUCAAGUGAGUGAAGAUGGAGAGGUGACUGUUAUCAAAAAUGCAAGACUUAAUGUGGUCAUCACUGGCUCCAGGCCUCAUACCCAAGCAGUGCAAGCUUUAAAUGGACGCAAAGGAAAAAUUUACCACGUAGCCAAAUUAUGGGGGAUUAUAGACUUAGGAAAGCAUGAACAUGUCUUUUUUGACCGCUCAAUCUACCAUCUCCCUUGUACUGAUUUUCAGGGGGAAUUCACGGUUGGAGAAUAUCUAAAUUUCAAUGCAGUUCUUGCACCCAAAGUAAGCCGAGCAAAGUGGCGGGCAACAGCUAUUUGGAAAGAGGGGGAGCUUCCACCAUAUGCUCAAGGUGAUAAUGUUCCAAACAAAACAGAAGAUUUAAGUUCUAGUCAGGAUCAUGAGAAAUAUAUGGCUGAGGUGUUUAAGCAUUCUGAAAGUAUUGAGGAAGAAAUUAGUAAGCUGCUGCCUACAGCUGAUAUUGAUUUUGGGUCAUCCUCGGAUGAGGGGUCACCAACAUUUGAACUGACUGGGGAUAAGAAUUACGCCUACAAUGACGCAGCUCCCAGCAUGGCGGGGGUGAUUCCAGUGUGGAAUUUCAAUCCUGGCUCUGAUAAACAGAAGAAGAAAGAUAACUUAGAGGCAGAGUCUGAUAAGGGUUUUGUUCCUAUUCCUACAGUUUCCAUGGUACCUGAGAGUCAGUUCAUGUAUACGUCUACUGUAAGUGAUGCCAGGCUAACUGCAGGAUACAUCGCAAUUCCCGAUCCUCAAGAUAUGCCAACGCAAAAUGGAGCCAAUCAUGCUGAUGGAGAGAAAGACAACAACAAGGAAAAUAAUGAUGAUGCGAGUGGAAAGAAGACAAGAGAAAUUGGGUGUCAGACAAUAGCCACUGGUGAUAUCCUUGCAACGCAGUUGUAUCAUGCAUUUUGAUUGAUUGUUCUUACAAAACCUCUCUAAGAGUUAAUUACAACUUAUGCAUUUUGAUCAGCUACUGCACAGUUUUGAAGCAUCAAAAAAUUCUCUGCAAAUGCACCGCAGUUGUGACAGAUACUAUUUGUUUGUUAUAAAUAUGAUUCAUUUGCAGAACUUUUGCUGAAAGCCUGACAGUAUCACAUAAUGUAAAUGUAUUUGUGUUUAUGUGAAAAUUUUUGUUAGGUAUAGUGUUCACUGGACAUGCAUUAUUAACUAUGUCUGCACAAGACGUAGAGAGAUUUGUUUUUACUGUUCACAAAUAUGUAAAUGCAAAUAUCAGUUUGGCAGUGCAUUUUUUUGUGCUGAUGCUUGUUUUCAAAUUGCCAAACCAUGCAUGAAAAGUUAUCUAUUUUUUUAGGCUCAGGAAUACAGCCUUGGAUACAGGUGUUACCUUUUACCCUCUAUACAAAGCAUUUCAAAAUGUAUGCACAGUUUGCAGAAGGAUUGCUUGGUGUUUUUUUUUGCUUGUAAAUCUGAGGAUGUGAUGUGUUUUUGCUAAUAUCCAAAGAAAAAGAAAUGAUGUUUGUUUGAGUGAUUUGAACAUUAAAAAUAGGUUAUAGGGUAGCAAAAUAGAAGUACUUUUUAUUCCUCCCAAUUUUCACUUUUUGUAAGGCCAGUAACUUCAUUGACAAUUAAAGCCAUUUUUUCUUGGCUACAGAACUUGUUAAAGAUUUGAAUUAUUAGAAAACUAGACUGCAUGCUGCAAUUUAAUGAGCUCAUAUUGCCAUGUUCUGACCGAGCACAGCAUGACAUUGUUCCACUGUUCACCUUUAUUGAUAGUGAAAUAUGUGAACUGAAAACCAUCAUUAUAUACAGGUACCUGUCUACUUUUACAAAAGAAAAAUGAUGCUAUUAGUAACAUAAAAAUUACUUGGUAACAUGAACAAAAUGAUUUUAUUGGUUAAUCACUGACCUCUCACAUGGCUCUGGAAUGAUGUGGAUGUUGGUGUGAGCCAGUGUGAUGUGUUAAAUUUUCUUUAGCAAAUAUUGCUGAGAUGGUAUACAUACAAAAUAAUUGCUCUAAUUCAAAAGCAGUGUUUUGAGUGUCCUUUUCAAAAGGCAUUUUAUUUUUGUACUAAUAUGUCUUUCACUUGGAAUUAUACAAAAUUAUAAGUUUAUAUAUGCCUAGGUUGAACUUUUUGUAUAUGAUUUUGUAGAGUUGAAGUGUACAAAGUUAUAAUUAUUUUAUUCAUUGUGCU